AAGGGCACAAUAGUACUGGAUUCUAUGAUGAGAAAAAUGUUCAUGACUGCUAAUUUUACUGUAUAUCUGAGCGAUGAGACGAAUCAAUAUUUAUAAAGUUAGCAUUUCAACAAACUCAUCUAGAUCUAGGCUAAUUUUAAAACUAUAAACGAAAUGCCAGUUAAAUAUCCUUUACCAACAGGGUAUACUGCUCCUGGUUUUGAAAGAGUUCUUCGGGUGUACAGAGACAAUUUUACUAAAGGUAUUGAAAAAGGUAGCAGUUUUGCAGCUUAUUACAAAGGGAAGUUGAUUGUAAACAUUUGGGGAGGCCUAGCAGAUCAGCAAGUGAAGAGACCAUGGAAAGAUCACACCUUUGGCUUCUUUUAUUCAACGACAAAAUUUUUUGCUGCUGUGACUAUUGCACAUAUUGUUGAGAGGGGACUGUUGAGAUAUGAUGAAAAAAUAGCUAAGUAUUGGCCAGAUUUUGCAAAAAAUGGAAAAGAAGAGAUCACUCUGGAAAUGCUAUUGUCUCACAAGGCUGGACUUCCAGCUUUAAGUAACAACUUUGAGUUAUCUUGGAUGAAAGAUGACCCAAAAAAACUGUAUGAUGCUUUAGUAGAUCAGAAGCCUUUGUGGAAUCCAGGAGAUGGCCAUGGCUACAGCCCUGUUGUAUUUGGCCUCUACCUCAAUGAAAUUGUCAAGAGAGUUGACAAAAAAGGUCGGACACUGUCUCAAUAUUAUUGGGAAGAAAUUGGCCAGCCUUUUGGCCUUGAUUUUCACAUUGGGGUCCCAGCGCAUCUUCAGUAUAGGGCUGCCAGACUUGAGCCUGUUGUAUUGACACGAGAGGAUUUAGCAAAAAUGAUGGAGGCCUUCAAACUGGACCCAACUAUUUAUGCCUUGGCAUUUAGUCAGCCAACAGAUUGGAAUUCUAGUCGAAAGUUGAACGACCCAGACUUUUUGCAACUUCCUAAUUCAUCGAGUCAUGGUGGAGGCACAGCUGAAGCUGUAGCCAAGUUGGCUGGGAUACUUGCCAAUGGUGGGCAACAUGAUGGGAAAACACUUCUCUCCCCUGAUUCUAUAGCCAGGCUGCAGGAACCGCUGGCAGAUGGGGUGGAUAGAACUACUGGUAGUGAAAAUAUCCAUGGUCGUGGGACAUGGCUGAUACCAGUCGUUGAAGGGGAUCAGAGCUGGUUCAUGUAUGGUCAUGCAGGCUAUGGUGACCAGUGCUGUGCUGCUGACCCACGCUACAAGAUGGGCUGGGCCUACACGACAAACUAUUUAGACCCAGUCAUCAACUUCAACAACAAGAACAAGUGGCGCCCCCUGAUCAAGGAGCUGUUUGAAUGUGUGCACAGGCUGGAGAAUGUCCAAGUGGAGCGCAGGAUCCUCCUGUCUCUCACACAACUGGAGCAGGAGAAGAGCCACGCCUCCCAGAAAAGUCAAGUUCUACAGCAAAGUAAACUUUGACACAGGAUAUUUUUUAGAAUUCAAGAUGAUUUGCUCCAUUUUUCCAUCUGCUAAGAACCUAAAGCAGUGUUUUAAAUGUUGUUGUAUUGUUGUAAUAGUCUAUAAUAGUUUCAAAAUGUUAUUAACUUUAAUAUGCUGUUAUUUUUAUUGUUGAAUAAAUGUGUAUCAAAUUUAAA